UGUGGGUUAGUCAGAUAAGGCGUCUUGUGGAUAAAGUGUGCCCGACUGUUCCGACCCCGCCAAACCCAUGUCAUCCUCCUCGGGUGUCCAGCGGCAGCCCAUGCAGGCAUGGUACCUCUGCGCUGGCAGGAUGAAGCAGGGGGCAGCCCCCUGCCUGGGAGCCGUCAAUCCCGUCAGGGCUGCUCUGUCUGACGGUGAACAGCAGCAGGCAGGCUGGGGGCUCUGAAGAGGAACACUCCCCAAUCUCCCUGGCUCACUGUUUCCAGUUCGUUUCUGGGUUUGUGUUCCAGUUUCUGUCCUCCCUUGGUGUCUGGCUCUGCGUGACAGAUAGCAGCAGCCUGCCGUGAUGGGGUUCCUCUGAGCCCUCAGGAGAGUGCUUAAGGCUUGGAUGGUGGUGCUGCUCAUCGCAGACAAUGUGGCUGAUACUUCAGAGAAACCCGUCCUUGUCCCCUGUUCUCCAAGUGCCUGAGUUGGCUGCAGGCCGGGACCUUUGCCUCGUGCUCUGGGUUCUAAGCUUGGCCAUUGUACAGAUGGAUGGCCAGGUCUACUCCCCGACUGUCAACACGCACUAUGGGAAGUUACGAGGGGUCCGGGUUCCACUGCCUAGCGAGAUUCUGGGUCCUGUGGAUCAAUAUCUGGGGGUGCCUUAUGCAGCCCCUCCCACUGGGGAGAAGAGAUUCAUGCCCCCUGAGCCACCCUCCUCCUGGUCUGGAAUAAGGAAUGCUACCCACUUCUCACCAGUCUGCCCUCAGAACAUCCACAGUGCAGUCCCGGAAAUCAUGCUGCCCAUCUGGUUCACCUCCAAUCUGGAUAUAGUUGCCACGUACAUUCAGGAUCCCAAUGAGGAUUGCCUGUACCUCAACAUUUACAUUCCCACCGAGGAUGUAAAACGGAUUUCCAAGGAAUGCGCCCGAAAGCCCAACAAGAAAAUAUGUAGGAAAGGAGGAGCCAGCGCUAAGAAACAGGGCGAGGACUUAGCGGAUAAUGACGGGGAUGAAGAUGAAGACAUUCGCGACAGUGGGGCCAAGCCCGUGAUGGUUUAUAUCCAUGGUGGCUCCUACAUGGAGGGCACAGGGAACAUGAUUGAUGGCAGCAUCCUGGCCAGCUACGGCAACGUCAUCGUCAUCACCCUCAACUACCGCGUGGGUGUGCUAGGAUUCCUGAGCACCGGGGACCAGGCAGCCAAGGGGAACUAUGGGCUGCUGGAUCAAAUCCAGGCGCUGCGCUGGAUCAGUGAAAAUAUUGCCUUCUUCGGGGGGGACCCCCUGCGAAUCACUGUCUUUGGCUCCGGCAUCGGCGCCUCCUGUGUCAGUCUGCUCACUCUCUCCCACCACUCGGAAGGUCUCUUCCAAAGAGCCAUCAUCCAGAGCGGCUCUGCCCUCUCCAGCUGGGCAGUCAACUACCAGCCUGUGAAGUAUACCAGCCUGCUGGCCGACAAGGUGGGCUGCAACGUGCUGGACACUGUGGACAUGGUGGAUUGUCUGCGACAGAAGAGUGCCAAGGAGCUGGUGGAGCAAGAUAUCCAGCCAGCCCGCUACCACGUGGCCUUCGGGCCCGUCAUCGAUGGAGAUGUCAUCCCGGAUGACCCUGAGAUCCUGAUGGAGCAGGGCGAGUUCCUGAACUAUGACAUCAUGCUGGGGGUGAACCAGGGUGAGGGGCUGAAGUUUGUGGAGGGUGUGGUGGAUCCUGAGGAUGGUGUCUCAGGCAGUGACUUUGACUACUCUGUCUCCAACUUUGUGGAUAACCUGUAUGGCUACCCAGAGGGGAAGGACACUUUGCGGGAGACCAUCAAGUUCAUGUACACAGACUGGGCAGACAGGGACAACCCUGAGACACGCCGCAAAACCCUGGUGGCCCUGUUCACUGACCACCAGUGGGUGGAGCCGUCAGUGGUGACGGCUGACCUGCAUGCCCGCUACGGGUCCCCAACCUACUUCUACGCCUUCUACCAUCACUGCCAGAGCCUCAUGAAGCCCCCAUGGUCUGACGCGGCCCAUGGAGAUGAGGUGCCUUAUGUCUUCGGGAUCCCCAUGAUUGGCCCCACUGACCUCUUCCCUUGCAACUUCUCCAAAAAUGACGUCAUGCUCAGUGCCGUGGUGAUGACGUACUGGACCAACUUCGCCAAGACUGGGGACCCCAACAAGCCUGUCCCCCAGGACACCAAGUUCAUUCACACCAAGGCCAACCGUUUUGAGGAAGUGGCGUGGUCCAAGUACAACCCUCGCGACCAGCUGUACCUGCACAUUGGCCUGAAGCCAAGAGUGCGAGACCACUACCGAGCCACCAAGGUGGCCUUCUGGAAGCACCUGGUGCCCCACCUGUACAACCUGCACGACAUGUUCCACUACACCUCGACCACCACCAAAGUGCCACCACCAGACGCCACGCAGAACUCACACAUCACCCGCCGGCCCAACGGCAAAAUCUGGACUACCAAGCGUCCAGCCAUCUCCCCAGCUUACAACAGCGAGAACCCCAGGGAGAAGUGGAGCCCGGAGCAGGAGGCUGGGACACUGCUGAUCGAGAACCCCCGGGACUACUCCACCGAGCUGAGCGUCACCAUCGCUGUGGGCGCCUCCCUGCUCUUCCUCAACGUGCUGGCCUUCGCCGCACUCUACUACCGCAAGGACAAGCGCCGGCAGGACACACACCGCCAGCCCAGCCCCCAGCGCAGCGCCCCCAACGACAUUGGCCACACGCCUGAGGAGGAGAUCCCCUCCCUGCAGAUGAACCAGGCCCAUCACGAAUGCGAGUCAGGGCAGGUGCACGACGCCCUGCGGCUCACCUCCCUGCCCGACUACACGCUGACCCUCCGCCGCUCCCCAGACGACAUCCCUCUGAUGACCCCCAACACCAUCACCAUGAUCCCCAACUCCCUGGUGGGCCUGCAGACCCUGCACCCCUACAACACCUUUGCAUCAGGGUUCAACAGUACGGGGCUCCCGCACUCACACUCCACCACCAGGGUAUAGCUCCAGGGGCUGUGCCCACCCAUGCCCGCACACACCCACGCACACCGGGGACACAGGUUGGGGCUGCGGGAGCUGACGGAUGCAGACUGGGCAGCACACACAGAUGGACCCACCUGGCGGGGCAGGGCGGAGCAGAGCCCCAGGGCCGGCAGGACCCCUGGUGCGAGACAGAUGGGCUGCUCGCCCCUCCGGCUCGCUCUUUAUUUUGUUGUUCUUAUUUUGUAAAGUGCUUUGACUCUCCAUGUGCAGAGAGGGCUGACGCCAGGGCAGCAGGGCCCAGCCAGAGUGGUGCAGGAGAACGGACAGCAGAGCAGGUGCAGAGAGCGUCACGCAGCCCUGCAUGCUGCAUCCCACUGGAAACCCCCGUGCAGGACAGUGAGAAGGACUCGCCUGGGGAGGAGGUGAUGGCGCGCCUGCCCCCUGGCCUGUACAUGGCACUAGAGGACUCUGCACCCCUGGGGAGGUGGUGCCUCCCGGAGCCCUCUUCCCUACUGCCCAAGUACAUUGGGGACUGGCUAGGAGCUGUCCUUGGCAUUCUCUUUCCAUUGGACCUGUGGGGUUGAUUGAAAUUUGCCAUUCAAAGUGCCAUGGAAAAGGCUCCAGCACUCUAUCAAAUUGUGGUGUGAAGCAGCUGCCUUGGACCACUGGCACUGGUGGGUGGGCUCAGUGCCCGGGUUGUUGCUGGGUGGGUGGACUCAGUGCCCAGUCCGGCGCUGGGCAGGGGGGUUCGGUGCCUGGUCCAGCCCCGGGCAGGCGGGGGUUCAGUGCCUGGUCUGGCACUGGGCGGAGGAGCUCGGUGCCCAGUCUGG